AUGACGCCCAAGCCUGGCCGGGCCCGGAAGCUGCUCCCAGGCCCGGAAGCUGCCCCACCGCAGGAACAUCUUUCAUGGACUAUAGAGUGCGAGACCUUCGGAAUAGAGCCGUCAGAACGGAAGCCGGAAGUGCUAUCGAACGGGCCCCAGCGCCCCGGUUGCCAUAGCGAUCACUUCCUGGUCCACGUAGAUUCUGCGAUGGCAGGCUCGGAGGCGGCGGCACCGGGCAGCGGAGCGGACGUGGAGGAGGCGAGCCUGCUGGCCUGGCUGUUUCGCGCGUCGCCCUCAGGGGUGCCGGCGGGAGACGCGGAGCUGCCGACCUACCUAGCGGGGCUGUCGGGGCUGGGCCUGGAGGCGCUGCGGCGGGAGCCCGGGCGGCUGGCGGAGGAGCGGGCGCAGCUGGGGGCGCAGACGCGGGCCUUGGCCUUCGCGCACUACAAGACCUUCAUCCGCUCGGCCGAGUGCACCGCUGAGACCCGCCGCGGCUUCGGCGGCAUCGAGCAAGGCCUGGGCCGCCUGCUGGACCGCCUGCCCCCCUUCGCCGAGGCCUGCCGGGGCUUCAUGCGCCACGCCGAGCAGAUCGCGCAGAGCCGCCGGAUGAACAACGUGACGCUGAACCGUCACACGGAGAUCCUGGAGGUGCUGGAGAUCCCGCAGUUGAUGGACACCUGUGUCCGCAACAGCUACUACGAGGAGGCGCUGGAGCUCGUCUCCUACGUCCGCCGCCUGGAGAAGAAGCACGCCGGCGUCCCCGUAAUCCAGGGCAUAGUGGCUGAGGUGCGUCAGUCCACACAGCUCAUGCUUACUCAACUGAUCCAGCAGUUACGCACCAACAUCCAGCUACCCGCUUGUUUGCGUGUCAUUGGCUACCUGCGCUGCAUGGAUGUGUUCACAGAGGCUGAACUGCGCAUCACAUUCCUGCAAGCAAGAGACUUCUGGCUGCGCUCCAUCCUUGCGGCUGUUCCUGAUGAUGACCCCUAUGUGCACAUCACAAAAACGAUAGAGGCCUGCCGCGUGCAUCUCUUUGACAUUGUCACGCAGUAUCGUGCCAUAUUUGCAGAUGAAGAGCCGCUGGUGCUGCCCCUGGGGAAGGACACCUUCAAUGAGAGUGCCAUCUUCCACGGGUGGGUGCUGCAGAAAGUGUCCCAGUUUUUGCUGGUUCUUGAGCGAGACUUACAGCGUGGUGUGGGCAAUCGCCUUGACUCUUUGCUGGGCCAGUGCAUGUACUUUGGCCUGUCCUUCAGUCGGAUAGGGGCGGACUUCCGGGGCCAGCUUGUUCCCAUUUUUCAGCGUGUGGUGCUCCUUACCUUCAAGAAAGCUAUGCAGGAGGUCACAGACCAGUUCCAAGAAGAGAUGAACUCCUACACAUUGAUCUCUAUGCCGGCUCUCCUGGGCAGUGCCAUCUCUGUGCCAAUGCCUUCUGCCCAGCCAGGCACCUUGCAGCCCCCUCUGGUGCUACUAGACUUUCCCCCACUUGCCCACUUGCUCAACAACAUCCUGAUGGCCUUCAAUGAUUUGCGUCUCUGCUGCCCAGUCGCUCUGACCUCAGUUGUGGCAGCUCUGUUGGAGGACGUGCUCAGCCAGGUUGUAAAGAUCAUCCUGGCUUUCCAUCGGGCGGAGGCAGCAGCAUUCAGCAGUCAAGAGCAAGAGCUGUUUGUUCACUUCUGCACAGCGUUCCUGGAAGACUUGGUGCCAUACCUCAACCGCUGUCUCCAGCUUCUCUUCCCUCUAGCCCAAAUUGCACAGAUUCUGGGUGUUCCUGCUGCUCAGGUCCAUAAGUACGGAGGUCUCGCCUGCGUAGAUGAGGAGGCGAUCCAGGAGCUCCUGGGCUCAGUCCUCCCCAAGAAAGAGACUGCUCUCCCUCUGGCUGAGAAGAGGCUGGCCCAAGAGCGCCUGCAACUUCCCCUGGACUUGGGACUCUCUGGCUCAGAGCAGGAGGAAGCAGAUCCCAGCCCUGCCAUCUUUGUUGCUCCAGUUGCAGAGAAGGGCCCCCUUUCUGAGGACACACGGCCGCUCAGUGUGGUUCCCGCCACGGGAUAGCUGGUGGAGGUUUGGGGGCUUAUCCUCUGAAGGAGCAUCUGUGGGCAUCCCCCACUCUUCCCUGGGCAGGCAAGGGCAGCGCUUGGCUACAGGUGCCCUUUCUGGCGGCCUCCUUUGCCAAGCAGGAAGGGAAGGUGGGGGGGGCAGAUGCAAGGGAAGAACUGAGAGAAUAAAGUUGGUGUUUCCCUUUCU